AUGCAGACCAAGUUUCUUGUUCUCGGCCUCGUUGCCCAAUCUCUUCAGGUCCUGGCCGCUCCAGCACCAGACGCAGGAAAGGAGGUGAAAGAAUUCAAGUCUGUUCCAUCCGACAAGCAGCUUGUCAAAGCUCACGCAGCCUCCAAGGACUCUCCUGCUACUGGUGUGGCUCUCCUUGCGGCGGAUACUAUUGCUGCGAUCCGUACCCUUACUGUGGUUAUUAUACCAACCCAUUCCAAUGCGUGUGCUACGCCUAGAUAUUUCACAGCUGCGGUCGCUCAAGACGGUAUUGAUAUAAAAUAG